UCAAACAAGUCCAAGUGCAUCAAAUGCUACUGUGUGCAUUUGUGAAACUCAACUCCCUUCAAAGCCUUAUAAAAAGGAGUCUAGGUCCCAGAUUAAUUCCUAUUAUGGUCACUAAACCAAUAGCAGUAAAGGUAAGGGAGAGAGAGAAAGAGAGAGAUGGAGUGGCGAUCAUGUUAUUUGGACAUUAUUUUGGUGCCAUUAGGCCUUCUGAUGACCGUCGCUUAUCAUUUCUGGUUAUGGCAUAAGGUCCGGACUCAGCCGCUCACUACCAUUAUCGGAACCAAUGCCAGCGGACGUCGAGUCUGGGUCUCUGCCAUGAUGAAGGACAACGAGAAAAAGAACAUCCUGGCUGUCCAAACACUACGAAACUCCAUCAUGGGAUCCACCCUAAUGGCCACCACGUCCAUCCUUCUGUGUGCGGGGCUUGCAGCCGUCAUCAGCAGCACUUACAGCGUGAAGAAGCCGCUGAACGAUUCCAUAUUCGGAGCGCAUGGAGAAUUCAUGAUGGCACUCAAAUAUGUCACCAUCUUAUGCAUUUUCCUUUUCUCCUUUUUCUGCCACUCCUUAUCCAUCAGGUUCAUAAACCAAGUGAACAUCCUUAUCAACACUCCCCAAGGCCAAGACCCCUCCUCCAUAGUGACUCCAGACUACGUGUCUUUGCUGCUGGAAAAGGGCUUCCUCUUGAACACUGUGGGCAACAGGCUCUUCUAUGCUGCACUUCCCCUUCUGCUUUGGAUCUUUGGCCCCGUGCUUGUUUUCUUGUGCUCUAUCACUAUGGUCCCAGUGCUUUACAACCUCGACUUUGUGUUUGGGACUGGGGAAAACAAGGGGAAGCCUCGAGUACUGGAUGGAUGUAGGGACUGUCAAUCAGCAGUGUAGUACUUCUAUAUAUGUACAUGUAGCAGUAAAGAAUAUAUGUACACAUAAAUAUGUGUAAUCGAUCCCUGAAUGAGUUUCAUUGUUUAUGUCGUCGUUACUCUGGCUGAAUAUUUAAUAAACAUUAAACUUCUAUUGAGUCGUCUAA